AUGUCCGAAAUGGGUUCCUCAAGUUACGCCAACAUUCCCUCGCCCGAAGAGGUGGAUUCACUGCCAUCGUCAUCCGCCGGCUCUAGCACAUCCAUGUCCCCCAGCGAAGAGGAAGAAUACAACGAUGCAGACCGACAAUGGAAAGAAAGCCUACAACAGUUGGAGCUGAUGUUGACAUUGGUUCUGAUUCCUUAUGUUGGGAAAUACUUCGGCAGGAAAUGUGCAUAUUGGGGUUGGGGCAAGUUCAUGGAAUGGAAAUACCCUGUGACGGUGGAUAUCACGAGUCCCGGAGCUUUCAAAGGCGCUGGCGCAGUUGAAGCUGCGGCAUCCCUAUGA